CGGUGGGGAGCCGAGCGCUAGCAGCCGCGCCGGGGAGCGGGACGCCGGAGAAGGAGGAGGAGGAGGCAGCGGAGGAGGAAGGGACCGGUGCGGGGGCGGGAGAGCUCGGCGGAAACCGGAGACCAGCGGAGGGCUGGUGGCUGGCCCCGGGAGGGGGCCUGGGCGGUGGCGACAGCGAUCGCAGCGAAGGAGGCGCAUCCAGCGGCGGCGGCCAGGCUCGGUGCGUCCCGGGCGGCCAGGCGCGGGCCGGCGCGAUGGAGCCGCAGCACGUGCGCCCGGCGCUCGGCGCCCGCAGCCCGGCCUGGGAGGAACCGGAGUCGGAGAGGAUGGCCGGGGCCGGCAGCCAGCACCACCCUCCCGACGCCGCGGGAGGAGCGGCGACCGGGGAGGGCGCCACAGUCACUCAGUCGGCUGCCUCAGCCGGUGCGGGAGAGGAUUCGUCCGACAGCGAGGCGGAGCAGGAGGGACCCCAGAAACUGAUCCGCAAAGUGUCCACCUCCGGGCAGCUCCGGACCAAGACCAGUAUUAAAGAGGGGCAACUACUGAAACAAACCAGCUCUUUCCAAAGGUGGAAAAAACGAUACUUCAAGCUCCGAGGCCGAACUCUUUAUUAUGCAAAGGAUUCAAAGUCCCUGAUAUUUGAUGAAGUUGACCUUUCAGAUGCCAGUGUCGCUGAAGCAAGCACAAAAAACGCCAACAACAGCUUCACGAUCAUCACCCCAUUCAGAAGGCUGAUGCUAUGUGCUGAGAACAGAAAGGAGAUGGAAGAUUGGAUCAGCUCUCUGAAGUCAGUACAGACCAGAGAACCUUAUGAGGUGGCCCAGUUUAAUGUGGAACAUUUCUCAGGGAUGCAUAACUGGUACGCCUGCUCCCAUGCCCGCCCCACCUUCUGUAAUGUGUGCAGAGAGAGUCUUUCUGGAGUUACCUCCCACGGCCUGUCCUGUGAAGUAUGUAAAUUCAAGGCUCACAAAAGAUGUGCAGUGAGGGCAACAAAUAACUGCAAAUGGACUACACUGGCCUCCAUUGGGAAGGACAUCAUAGAGGACGAAGAUGGUGUUGCCAUGCCUCACCAGUGGCUUGAAGGCAACUUGCCUGUGAGUGCCAAGUGCGUGGUCUGUGACAAAACAUGUGGCAGUGUUCUCCGUCUGCAAGAUUGGAAAUGCCUUUGGUGUAAAACAAUGGUACACACCGCCUGUAAAGAUUUGUACCAUCCUGUAUGUCCACUUGGCCAGUGUAAAGUAUCUAUCAUACCUCCAAUUGCACUAAAUAGCACUGAUUCUGAUGGUUUCUGUAGAGCAACAUUCUCAUUCUGUGUUAGUCCUCUCUUAGUGUUCGUCAAUUCUAAGAGUGGGGACAAUCAGGGAGUGAAGUUCCUUCGUCGUUUUAAACAGUUGCUCAAUCCAGCUCAGGUGUUUGAUUUAAUGAAUGGAGGCCCUCACUUAGGUUUAAGAUUAUUUCAGAAGUUUGACAACUUUCGGAUUCUUGUCUGUGGAGGAGAUGGAAGUGUAGGUUGGGUUUUGUCAGAGAUCGAUAAGCUGAACUUGAAUAAACAGUGCCAGCUUGGGGUGUUGCCUUUGGGUACUGGCAACGAUCUCGCUCGAGUACUUGGCUGGGGAGGUUCAUACGAUGAUGACACUCAACUUCCUCAGAUACUAGAGAAGCUGGAACGAGCCAGUACCAAAAUGUUGGACAGGUGGAGUAUAAUGACAUAUGAACUCAAAUUGCCACCGAAGGCCUCUCUACUUCCGGGACCUGCAGAAGCAUCUGAAGAGUUUUAUAUGACAAUUUAUGAAGACUCGGUUGCAAAUCACCUCACAAAAAUCCUCAAUUCUGAUGAACAUGCGGUGGUCAUAUCAUCUGCCCAGAUACUUUGUGAAACUGUAAAGGACUUUGUUGCCAAAGUGGAGAAGGCAUACGACAAAACGCUGGAAAAUGCAGUUGUAGCCGAAGCUGUGGCCAGUAAAUGCUCAGUCCUUAAUGAGAAACUUGAACAGCUGCUACAAGCCCUGCACACAGACACACAGGCCAGUCGCGUUCCCCCAGGCGUUGGCCCUGCCAUCCCUGAAGAAGAUGUGGUGGAAUCUUCCAGUGAGGAGUCCUUAGGUGAAAGCAAGGACCAGCUGACAAAUGACAUUGCAAAACCUUCCUCCCAGAAAGCUGUGAAGCCGAGGGAAAUAAUGCUGCGUGCAAACAGUCUAAAGAAAGCAGUGAGGCAAGUCAUUGAAGAGGCUGGAAAAGUUAUGGAUGAGCAGACAGUUCACGCCUGUGAACCAGUUAAUCAGUCAUGUGACUAUGAUAGCACAGAAAUAGAUGAAUCUAAAGAAGACUCUAAUGAUGAUAUGAAAGAGCCAUUAAUGGCCAAAACAGCACCUCACUCUCCUGAUGCCCGGGCAAGUCGUGGCCAUUCUCAACCUGAUUCUGUCCCUGGUCCAGCUAUGGCUGCCACCAAAGACAACCUCCCUGUGCUCAAUACCAGGAUAAUCUGCCCAGGUUUAAGAGCAGGACUUGCUGCCUCAAUUGCUGGGAGCUCUAUCAUCAACAAAAUGUUAUUAGCAAACAUUGAUCCUUUUGGUGCAACACCAUUUAUUGACCCGGACGUAGAUUCAUUAGAUGGAUAUUCAGAAAAAUGUGUUAUGAACAAUUACUUUGGAAUUGGAUUAGAUGCAAAAAUUUCAUUAGAAUUUAAUAAUAAGAGAGAGGAGCACCCUGAAAAAUGCAGAAGCCGAACUAAAAACUUGAUGUGGUAUGGAGUCCUUGGGACCCGGGAAUUAUUGCAGAGAUCUUAUAAGAAUCUGGAGCAAAGAGUUCAACUUGAGUGUGAUGGGCAGUAUAUUCCUCUCCCCAGUUUACAAGGCAUUGCGGUGUUGAAUAUCCCUAGCUAUGCCGGAGGCACCAAUUUCUGGGGUGGAACCAAAGAGGAUGAUAUAUUUGCCGCACCAUCCUUUGAUGACAAGAUUCUGGAAGUGGUUGCAGUGUUUGACAGUGUGCAAAUGGCAGUGUCUAGGGUCAUUAAACUGCAGCAUCAUCGAAUAGCUCAGUGCCGUACAGUAAAAAUCACUAUAUUUGGCGAUGAGGGAGUCCCGGUGCAGGUGGAUGGUGAAGCAUGGGUUCAGCCUCCAGGGAUCAUCAAAAUCGUGCACAAAAACAGAGCUCAGAUGCUAACAAGGGACAGAGCCUUUGAAAACACCCUGAAAUCCUGGGAGGAUAAGCAGAAGUGUGACUCUGGUAAAGCAGUCCUUCGAACACACCUGUACAUCCAACACACUGCUGACCUGGCAACAGAAGAGGUGUCGCAGAUGCAGCUCUGCUCCCAGGCUGCAGAGGAGCUCAUUACUAGGAUUUGUGAUGCAGCCACAAUUCAUUGUCUUCUGGAGCAGGAACUGGCUCAUGCAGUGAAUGCUUGCUCGCAUGCCUUGAACAAAGCCAACCCACGGUGCCCGGAGAGUCUUACAAGAGAAUCUGCCACUGAAAUAGCCAUCAACGUGAAGGCACUGUAUAAUGAAACAGAGUCUUUGCUAGUUGGCAGGGUUCCUUUGCAGUUGGAGUCUCCCCAUGAGGAGCGGGUAUCCAGUGCCUUACACUCUGUGGAAGUGGAGCUGCAGAAAUUAACUGAGAUCCCCUGGCUGUAUUAUAUCCUGCACCCCAAUGAGGAUGAGGAACCUCCUGUGGACUGUACCAAAAGAAACAGCAAAAGCACAGUAUUUCGCAUAGUGCCAAAGUUUAAAAAGGAAAAAGCUCAGAAGCAAAAGACAAGUGCACAGCCUGUUCAGAAAUGGGGCACAGAGGAAGUUGCUGCUUGGCUGGAUCUGCUCAAUUUGGGAGAGUACAAAGAAAUCUUCAUCCGCCAUGACAUCAGAGGGGCUGAACUUUUGCAUCUGGAAAGACGAGAUCUUAAGGACCUGGGGAUACCGAAAGUGGGCCAUAUGAAGCGAAUUCUCCAGGGAAUUAAGGAGCUGGAAAGGAACCCUCCCCAUUCAGUCUGAGGUGUAAUCGCUCUGGUGCUAUUCCUUGGAGGAGUUUUUGCUACUCAGUACAGAGCUCUUGGAAGCAGCUAGCUGUUCUUGUAACUUUCUGCGUAGAUAGUAAGCACCACAGAGCACCUCUAUGGCUUGAUGUUUUGCUGUGGAUCAACGAUUUUGAUUUGCGGUAUUAGAACAUAUAUUUUGUGCCAAAAAGUACAUUCCACAAAGCCAUUUUCUUAUUGUACAAACCUGAUAUGUUGAAAAAUGCUCACCGUAGAAAGAGUAAAAGGAGGACUGUGAGAGAUGGUCAUGUCUAUAAGGCAGAAUUGCUAAUCCUUUGCUUUCCUUAGAUUGGGCUGAUAGGAAGUUCUGACUGUGCAAUCGUGUUAACAGGAAGUGUCUGAAACUUCUUAGGCUUCGUUAGUGGAGGCAUUGGCUCCUUCUAGAAGUCACUGGUUGGGAGAUAAAGAUAGAAGUUGUGUUUUGAAUAUUUUCACCCUCAGUUCUCAGUAUCCACUGGUCAAAGAAUAAGGUGAAACUAACCCAUCAAAUUGUACGAACAGUGCAAAGCUGAAUGCAAUGAGUCCAGCCUGAGCAGUCAUUCUUUUUCUUGCAUGUCAUAUCUAUUAUUGUAACACUUAACAACUUUAAUGUCCAUUGUAAUGGAGUUUAAUUUAUAACUACCCAAACUAGAUACCUUUUGAUUGGUUAAGGGCAUUGCAAUUUUCUGUUCUUUAAAUGUGGAAUUUUGCUUAUAUAUUCUAUACCUAAGACUCUGUGAAAAUGCAUCUGUGCCAUAAUCAACCAAUGAUAUACAGCUUAUGCAAGCCAGUUUUUUUAUCAUAAAUCAUGGGUUUGCACACUAAGAAAACUGUUGGAUAUUUUCAUAAGCUUACAUAUUCUGUUACCUAACCAAACUUGGGCAACUUUCCAAACUAAAACCCCACAUUUUAUUCCCAUUGAUUUCACUUCAGUUUAAUAACUAUCUGAUUUUCUGAUCAAAUUUGUAGGACUGUUGAUAUCUCUCCAAGGUCUCAGUUGAGAUUUGUAUACUGAUGGGUUACUUAGACUAGCUAAAGUGAUUUUUGACAUGAACCUCUCAAGAGAAAUUUACUUUUUUUUAAAGGGCUUUCUAUUAUUAUCAUACACAUUCUGUGUCUUAUCAGGUAUAUAUUAUUUUCUCUUUUCUAAAUCAUUAUUUGUCAAUGUUGCUCAUUAGAAUAUCAAAUACUUGAAAGCCAAAGGUAUACAUAUCAAAAAAGUCACAAAAUAUCUUUAAAUAAGCUUUUUUGGCCAUUAUAUGCCAAAAAUCACUUGUCAUAUUUGAAGUGUUCUGCAUAUAAGAGAGGUAAGCAGGUUGCUGACCCUGUGGAGAUAAUGUUCAUGAAGUAGUCUGGUAGGUGCUCAGUAGAUAAACACACACACACACACACACACACACAUACAUACAUGCCCAUACACAUUUACAUGUAUAGCCACACUUACCUACAUAUUAUCUUGAGAUAUAGUAUCCUUGAUAUUUUCUAGACAAUCAUUUGCCCUAUAUUUUUAAAUGAACUAUUGUCAGACAUU